AGCAGCGCCUGCGGGGCCGGGCGGAUACCGCGGAGGGCUCGGCUGGAAAGCUGCGUGCGCUCCCGGCCUGGCCUCGGGGGUCUGCCUCGCGCGGAGGAGGUGGGUGACCUGUUUGGGUGCGUACGGCGGAACUCUCGGUACGUUCGUUUCAUCAAAUGUUCUCUUCUUUUUCAGCAAUUAGAACUAAUCACGCCCUUUCAACUAUAUUUCAACCCUGAAUUAAUAUUUAAACACUUUCAAGUAUGGAGGUUAAUCACAAACUACUUAUUUUUUGGACCAGUUGGCUUUAAUUUUUUAUUUAACAUGAUCUUUUUAUAUCGUUACUGCCGAAUGCUUGAAGAAGGAUCUUUUCGAGGUCGGACGGCAGAUUUUGUAUUUAUGUUCCUUUUUGGUGGACUUUUAAUGACUCUUUUUGGCUUGUUUGUAAACUUAGUUUUCCUGGGUCAGGCAUUCACAAUAAUGCUUGUGUAUGUAUGGAGCCGCAGGAAUCCCUAUGUCCGUAUGAACUUUUUUGGUCUUCUCAUCUUUCAAGCUCCGUUUCUACCUUGGGUACUGAUGGGCUUUUCACUGCUUUUGGGGAACUCCAUCAUUGUGGAUCUCCUGGGCAUUGCAGUUGGGCAUAUAUACUUUUUCCUAGAAGAUGUCUUUCCUAAUCAGCCUGGUGGUGGAAGGCUUCUGAGAACGCCGUCUGUCCUGAAAGCAAUAUUUGAUACACCAGAGGAUGACCCUAAUUACAAUCCCUUGCCAGAAGAACGACCGGGAGGAUUUGCAUGGGGAGAAGGUCAGCGCCUUGGAGGCUAAUAGGCGGCCGUGCCAAAAUCCAGCAACGGCUGGGAGAGACUUAACUGAAGUACUAUAUUGGGGAUUCUUUUAUUUCCCCGUCACAGAAAGGACACUUUUUGAAAGCUCUAUGGUUCUGAAUACAAGCACUUUAUGAGAUGGUAAUCUAAUCCAAGAAGCUUCCAGGCUGCCAGUGUCUUCCCUGGCUAGGGGUUGUAUUGCACUGGUAAUGAAAAUAUCAAUCUAGUGGAGCCAAAAAGCUAAAACUGGAAACCAUUUCCUGUCAACUUCGGUUAAUAAGACCAUGAGUACUUGUUUAAAGUGAUUUCUAAAGCAUUUUUUCAAGUUAUUUGAUACAGGGAACUGUAUGGGAAACUUUACAGGGGACAAAAUAAAACUUUUUGGUUUUAA